AGAGGUAUGAACUUCAUGAAGAGCAAUGCACUUUGAUGACACCGUAUCCUCUUCGCCCUGAAUAAUUUAGAGAGGUUCUACACUACUUUACUUGCUCACUCUCUUCCCUCUUUCUCCUUUGCAGACGAAAAGAAUUUCAAUCGAAAGCAAGUCAUCGUUCUCUUUUCUGAAUUAGGGCAUUCUCUACCAGAUUACAAAAUCCUUCAAUCUUACCUAGAAAUCAAAAAUGGAGAAAAUCAGAAGAGCAUCACAUGCUGGCUCCUGGUACACUGAUGAUCCUAAAAAACUGGAAGAGGAACUUGAUGGAUGGCUAAAGGCUGCUGCUCUGGCUAAAUCACCUGAUGUUCGAGGCGUGAUUGCUCCGCAUGCAGGUUAUUCAUAUUCAGGUCGUGCUGCUGCAUAUGCAUUUGGAAAUAUAGACCCAACAAACAUUUCACGGGUAUUCCUGCUUGGUCCAUCUCACCAUUAUUAUACUCCAAAAUGUGCUCUUUCAACGGCAACAGUUUACAAGACUCCAAUAGGAGAUUUGCCUAUUGAUUUAGAAGUCAUUGAGGAACUUAAAGCUACUGGAAAAUUUGAAUCGAUGGAUCUUCGGGUUGAUGAAGCUGAACAUAGCAUGGAAAUGCACCUGCCAUAUCUUGCAAAAAUUUUUGAAGGGCAUCAGGUAAAAGUUGUGCCCAUAUUGGUUGGUGCUGUUAAUGCUGAUAGUGAAGCUAUGUAUGGAAAGUUGUUAGCAAAAUAUGUAGAUGAUCCGUCCAAUUUCUUUUCCGUCUCCUCAGAUUUUUGUCACUGGGGGUCUCGGUUCAAUUAUAUGCACUAUGACAAGAAACAUGGGGCUAUACACAAAUCUAUUGAGGCAUUGGACAAGAUGGGUAUGGAUAUAAUAGAAACAGGGGAUCCUGAUGCAUUUAAACAGUAUUUGCAGGAGUAUGACAAUACUAUUUGUGGCCGCCAUCCAAUUAGUGUUUUCCUACAUAUGUUAAGGAAUUGCUCAAUAAAGAUAAAGAUUAAAUUUGUCCGAUACGAGCAAUCAAGCCAAUGCAAAACAAUGAGGGAGAGCAGUGUCAGUUAUGCAUCUGCAGCUGCGAAGGUGGAUGCUUGAAGCUACAGCAAUUAGCAUUUCUGAUGUGCUAGUGUUUGAAAUAAUUAACAAUUUGAACUUCUUUCAAUUGAAUACAUCAUCUAACUUGAUCACUCAACAUUUGCAAUAAUCUAUCAUGCUGUCUAUUUCCUGUCUAUAGAUCGACAACAAUAAUGGAACUUGUUGCCUA